CACACUUCAACCCAUCAUUUACGCAUCAUCAACAACAUUGGGGUAUGUCACAGUUUGAUCCAGGCGAAGGCGGUUCUUUUAGCCAGUUGCUUGGGCUUAUGGCUGGAGAAGGAGGACAGUCUCAAUUUGGCCAUCAAAAUGAGUUAAUGCCAGGGAGGCAUUCGUUGGAUGCGAGGUAUCCAGGCCAUACUUCAUCGGUUGCAUCUGGAGGAUUUGUAUCUGUUGACUCUAGUAGGAGUGACGGUGGACGCGGAGUUUUUAAUAGCCAAAAUCCGUACGUUGUUUCCAUGGGACUCAUUGAGGAAAAUGAUAACACACUCCAGCAGGAGACCGAUGCGUAUAUAGCGGACAACCCGGAUGCCGAAGAUGAUGAUGAGGACGAUGAAAUAGAGGAGUUCGAUGAGGACGAAGAGUCCCGUAAUGAUGGUCAGGCCCGCACUCCGGAUGACCAAGCCAAAGGUUACAACCUUAGGAUUGAUCCCCCACGUCGUAGCGCUAAUCGAUACACUCCAUCUGUUUUCAAAAAGGCGGCCAAGAAAUGCAAGAAAUUGGUGAACGAUGUAAAGUGGUCAAUUAGAAAGUAGUUGUGGUGUAUUGUAUGUUUUGGACAUUAGGUACUAAUGUAUUUAUUUAAGUUUUAAGCCUGUCGACUUUGUUUAGA